AUGGCCCGGGUGCUGAGACCCCCGCACGUCCGUCCCAGGCUGGUGGCCAAGCUGCAGGACACCCCGGACACCAGUGCUGCGGCAGCUAGGAAGGAGCCUGUGAACCUCCAGAGGCUGCUGUGGACCUGGGAACCAGCCAAGACCCUGGCUCCAGAGCCCACCCCAGGGCCAGAAACUAACGAAGAGGCCCCCGUCUCCCCCAUGCAUACCCAGGCCCCUACACCUCAAGGAGCUGGAGAUUCUGACCCAGGAACUGGAAAAGGCAUUUCUAAGGCUGGAGAAAGAGACAAGGCCUCUGGCCUGAAGCUUCUGUCAGAGAGGGAUCAGACCUGUCAGGGGAGAAGGCCCCAAGUUGCCAAGUCUGGACCAGGCCUCUGGGACCAAGAAAUAGCUCCAUCAGCUGUUCCGCAGGCCCCAGAAUCUUUCACACUCAGGGAGAAGGAGACCCUGCUGCAGCUGCCCGUGGCCUUCAAGAAGGCGGCUUCUCAGAACUCCCACCUGUGGGCCCAGCUCAGCUCUACACAGGCCAGUGACUCCAUGGGUGUCACUCCAUCCUCUGAAAUCCAGUUCCUCCAGAAAAUGCAGAUGACUUCAGGCUGGCCCAUCUCCAGAGGCAGAGACAGAGGCAGGGCACCUGCAGAAGGCCUGCUUGCUGCUGAGAUGGAGAAUGGGGGAAGAGCUCACAACAGGCCCCAUGGGCUGGAGGCCAAGUACCACUGCCUGCCCACCCUGGAGGGGCUGCAGGCCAUUGUGGGACAGUGUCUCCGCAAGAUGCAGGAGCUGCGGGCAGCGGUGGAACAGCAGCUGGCGCCAUGGCCUGAGGAGAGGCUCCCCAGGGCCUCAUCUGGGGCCCCCACCCAGGAGCUGCAGACCCUGGCAGCCCUCAAGCUGUGUGGGCACGCUGGACCAGCAGAUCCACCUGUAGAAGAUCCCAAAGGCAGAACUUCUCCCCUGGGUGAGCACACAGGAGCCACUGGGACUGCCCUGGCUGGCGCCAUGCUGUGCUGUGCAUGGCCUUUUGGGAGAGGGAGGUCAGUGUUUUCCAUGGUCCAGCGAAAUGAGCCUGCGGACUGA